CGCGCUUCCCACGAGCCCCGCGGCGUGGCGCCGGUGGGUUCUCGGACUCCGCGGGAGGCGCGGCGGAGGCGGGCGGGUUGAAGGGCUCGCACCUGCCUGCGGCUGCCCGCGGUCCCGGACCGCGGGGUAGGCGAUGUUCGGGGCGGGCAGGUACAGCAUCCCGCGGCCCGUCACUAGGAACCUGGAAGACCUGGACUCGGUGCAGAGCGUCCUGCUACACAGUGACCUUGAGCCUGAAUGGUUGGAUGGUGUGCAGAAAAAUGGGGAAUUAUUUUAUUUAGAAUUGAGUGAAAGUGAAGAAGAAACUCUGCUUCAGAACAGCUGUCCAGAAAUGCCGGCAGUGAAUCAUGUCAGGUUUCGUGAAAAUGAAGCUGAAGUUAUUCAAGAGGGAUCACGAAAAGAAAGAAAGUAUGAACUGAAGAAAUUGACCAAAAUGUUGAAAAAGAAGAAUCUUUUACCAAAGCAUUCUGGUAAGAAAGGCAGUGGAAGCUGCAGUGUGCAUUCCACGGGUCUUACUUCCAUCUUGAAACACCAAUCCGAUCAGAAAAUGGGUGUCACUGUUCAGCAAAAGUACAAAGAUGUGUAUGUUUAUGUAAAUCCCAGAAAACUCCAGAGUGCUGGAGAAGAUGAGCAGCACAGGCUUUUGGAGGUCUUAGUAGGGAUUGUCCAUCAGUCUUCGUGGAGCAGCAGAAGAACAGAAAAACACGGCAAGAAGGAUAAAGUCACCAGAGGAACUGGUGAAGAGAGACUUGUAGUACAUGGAUUGGUGCCAGGUAGUUCAGCAAUGAAAACAGGUCAAAUCUUGAUUGGAGAUGCUCUAGUUGCUGUAAAUGAUGUUGAUGUGAAUUCUGAAAACAUAGAAAGGGUUCUGUCUUGCAUUCCAGGUCCUAUGCAGGUUAAACUUACAUUUGAAACAUCAAUAUUUGAGCCUGAAGAAACUUCUCAGCAAAGGUAUAAACGGGCACAGUCAAGUAUGAACAAUCUGGUUCAGCUUUUGUGGGGAGAAGACAGCAUCGACCAUCAACAGGCUCUGCAAGACGUGCCUCAUAUUGUUAUGUUCCUCACACUGAAACUGGACUCUGAAACAUCUAAGGAUGAGCAAGAAAUCCUUUAUCAGUACCCUGUAUCAGAAGCAUCCCAAAAACUGAAAAGUGUGAGAGGAAUAUUUCUCACACUGUCGGACAUACUGGAAAGUGUUACCGGUACCCAGAUUAUCAGUUCCUCCCUUUUCUUAUGCGAAAAACUGGUUCAGGUUGUUUACUGGAAAGAAGGUGACAAGUUGCUUGUAAUUGGUCUUCCUGAAGAAAAUGUGCCACUUGCUCAGCUGAGGAACAUGAUUGAAGAUGUUGUCAGGACCUUGAAAUUCAUGUAUGGCUCUUUAGACAGUGCUUUUUGCCAGGUGGACAAUGUUUCUCGGCUGGAUCAUUUUUUCAACCUGUUCUUCCAGCGGGCGCUUCAGCCUGCAAGACUCAAGUCAAAUGCCAGCCCCAGCACUCAACACUAUGAUACUUGCAGUGCGUUAUUCUUAAACAGUCUCCCAGGCUUGCGCUGGCUGACAUUGCCUCAGGAAGUCAAGAUGGAGAUUGACACAGCACUGAGUGACCUGGAAGCAGCUGACUUUGCAGAGCUGUCUGAAGAUUAUUAUGACAUGAGAAGAUUAUAUAUGAUUAUGGGCUCUUGUCUUUUCUACAAGGGUUACUUGAUUGGUAAUCACUUGCCAAAGGAAGAUCUUACUGACAUAGGUUUAUAUUGUCGGCACUAUUGUCUGUUACCCUUGGCAGCAGAACAGAAGAUCAGUCAGUUAGUGAUAUGGCGGGAAGUAUUUCCACAUCAUCAUAUCCAGCCAUGUGAAGUUUCUGCUAUUACAGGAUACAGGGAGCCUGAAGCAAGAUACUUUUUACUGAUAGUUGGCUUGAGAUACUUUAUGCUGUGUGUCCUGCUAGAGGCGGGAGGCUGUGCUUCAAAAGCAAUUGGGAAUCCAGGACCAGACUGUGUAUACGUAGAUCAGGUCAAAGCCACUAUACUUCAACUGGAAGGAAUAGAUGCCAGCAUAGAGGAAAGGCUAGAUUCUCCUUCCAUCCCACCUUUAUCUUGUGCUGACUGGUUCCUUCCUGCAACACGUGACAAAUCUGAGAACUUGACCACCUCACCCAUGCUCAGCAAGCUACAAAAUACUUUGAAAUCAGGAACCACUCCAGCAAGCAAAAGGACCCUGUUUGGUGACUCAUCUUUAAUGACACGUAAGCCGAGCCCUACGAGGAGCAGUGGAGGACCUGACCGUGGUAAUGAAGGUCCUGUGGAAGAUGAAAGCAGUAAUCAACAAUCUGCAGUAGAUCAGGCCACUAAAAAAAAACAUACCCUACCAAAUCCAUUUAAUUUAGGAAGCCUCAAAAAGAACCUUUCAGAGAAAGAUACAGAACUUCUUAAUGCUGUCAAGUUGACAUCUGGUCCUGAGAAUACCCUCUUCCACUAUCUCUCCUUGGAAACGAUGCAAGGAAUCUUUAUCACUCCAACUCACAAAGAAGUAGCACAGCUUGGUGGCUCCAUCCACCCUCAGUUAAUUGAGAAUUUCUAUCGUUGCUGUCUUUCAAUUCGAGACAUUUUUCAGCAGUCCAUGAGGAAAGAAGAUAAACUAAAAGCAGGCAGUGGGAUUUCAGAAUUCAGUAAGGCAGCUGAUGACCUAGAUCUGAUAACAGAACACGGACUUUUGUUUGAAUGCUCUCCUGAAAACUGGACUGAUCAGAAGAAACCACCACCAACAAUGAAUUACUGGGUUGUGGGGAGACGCAUUCUGCAUCCCAAACCUCAGGAGUGUUAUGUCUGUUUCCACGACUCAGUCACAGAAGCUGCUGUUGAACUGGCCUUUAAACUGUCCUUUGGUUUAGUGACAUAGAUGAGCUUCCUGAACACUGAGGCCACCUCAUGGUGUUGUCAUCUCUUGAAAGUACUUCAAUAUAAAGAAAAACUAACUCAGUUGUGGUGCCCACCACAUCCUUGAAAUGCUUGACAAAAAAAUAAAUCUACCUUGUGGUAGGACACAGGUAAAACUUCAGUGGUGAUUCUGAUGAUCUAAUCAACUGAAUACUUAAAAAGAAUUCAGAGAACCAGAGUUCUUAUUUUUACAUACUGGUGAAUUAUUUAUCCUGAUCAUAACUUUAUUAUAUGAAAACAUUGCAUAAUUUGUACAUUCAGUGCUGUUCAGUCUAUAAUAUGAAAUGUAAAAUAAUAAGCUGAUACCCCGAAAGUGCUCUCUGAAUAUCUGACAAUUGGUGAUGGAGGAAAAAAUAGUAUUCCAGUUAAUUAAAACGUUGUUCCCCUAAGGGCAUGAAAAAUAGCAAAUGUUUUCAGUAACACUGUGGUAAUCAAAACAGAAAGAAAUCUUUUAGACAAUUCAUGGCAGUUGGCUGCCCAGAGCUAAUGGCUUACUGGUUUUGACAGUAUGGCCUCCUGCACACUCAAGGACUAUAGUGUGCUUGAUGUUUUACUUGACUUCACAAGUUUUAAAUUGUGAUAUAAAUAAUGCUUAUAUCUGUUAAAACAUAAUUUUGAAGUUAUAAAAGAAAAUGGGGGGGCAGGGAGGAUGAGGGUUUUAAGCAUGGAGUUGGCUUAUUUUAUAUUCAGAAUUUUGUAAUAAAAAUUAAGUAUUUGUUAAAGACCAGUAAA